AUGAUUUUUCGUAAAACAUAUUUGUUCGUAUUAUUUGUAGUUUGUCUAUUCCAAUUAGUCACUACACAAAAUGAUGAUGAUACAACAACACCAUCUCCAAUUUGUGAAAGCGGCAAAUUUCCUUUGUUCGGAAAUAAGUCAUGUAUUUCUCAAGAAUUAUAUACAAUCAUCUUCUUAGCAAGUAUUAUUUUGGCUGGUAUCUCUUUUAUCAUGCUCAUUGGUCUAAUAAUAUUAACCUGUCGUAAAAAUUCCGGUAGUUCUGAAUCAGGCAAUUCAGAUCGUUAUAGUAUUUCAUCAACUAGUACUCAAGAGGUUCCAUCUAUGAGUAGAGAAAAAAAACAAAAAGUGGAAGCUUUAGGAAAAGUGGUUGGUACAACUCCACUCGAAGACACUAGACAUAAGCGUGUUGUUCCACCUACUAAUGAUUACUAUGAUAUAACAGAUACACGUACACCAGCAUCUGCACCUUACACAUCUUCAAAACCUAUUUCAAAACGAACUCCUGGAACGGACAUACACGAAAUGACUCCUCGACAAGCGAACAGACCACCUACUCAUAUGUCUCAAUUUCAACCAGUGGCUCCACCUCGAAGAGCAGACAAUCAAGCUGGUCGUAGUGGUAAUAAGCGUAACAAUGAUUAUUAUCGAGAUGAUAAUAAAAUAUCAUCACAAUUUUAA